CCAAGGCAAAUGUUCAAUAUCUAUAUUUCAAUCGAGCAAUUAAAGGCUAAAUUGUUCUGAUUGAUUAUAAUUUUUACGUUAAUUCAGCUACAUUCCGCUAAACAGCUGCAUCAUACACUGAAGCUAGUUUGAAACUUUCGACCCAUUACCUUAAACACAAUGACAUUUCCACAUUUGUUUACCAACACAUGGAUGUCAUCACAAGCUGGGUUUGUUUACCUCCGCAUAGCAGCGGUUUUCGGUUUCGGUCAGUUCAUACAUCCGCAUCCGUUUUAUUGCACGUAAUUCCCCGAGCGCUGCCUUCGUCGUUAUCCCUCCGCCCGUUCGACAGCUCAGCACAAGAUGAGCACUGUUCCGAACACGACGGAAGGCAAUAGGUGCAUCAUUUGCUUGCAGUGUGCAACGACAAUGGUGCCGCUGGACACGAAAGUCGACAUCGCCGGUGUUCCGAUUAGCUGUGAAACCAUGUACUGCAACUUUACUGGACUGCAGUACGAUCCAACCACACUUACGGAGGAGCAUUUGGCCCUGAAGCUCUGUUUGGCGUGCCUGUCUCAGCUCAACUCGUGCUACCUCUUUCAAAAGCAAGCGAUCGACAAUUUUUACGAAUGCUUCGUACGAUCGUACGAGAAGCUUACGAUCGAGGUGCAAACAUCCUCUUACGCUGUGAUCGAGCAAUCGAACAAGCUGGCCGAAAUUUGUCCCGACUUUGAGGACGAAGAUGUUGGGCCAAGCGGGGACGAGAAGGAGGAAUAUGACGAUAAUGCUACAGCAAACCAUCCCACGCCUUCACCGACUAAACUGGAAGCUGAGAUGGAGAAGGUGGAGGAAGAACAUUUUGAACCCAUUGCCGAACAGAGGCACGCGUCAGAAGAAUCGCAACGCGAACAAACUGUACCGAAGACUGAACCCCAGCAAGAGCAACCAAGCAUCAUCUGCAAGGAAUGCGCCAGCCUGACCGAACAGCCCAUUUCCUUCCGCAAACACUUUGUGCGCGCUCACUGCACGGUGGGGGCGCACGGGCAGCAUCAGUGUACGCUGUGCGGUCGGUGCUUCCAAACCAGGGGCUCCUUCCAUCGGCACAUACGCGUGCACACGGGCACGAAGCAGUACGCGUGCCAGUACUGUGCCAAAUCGUUCCACUAUCUGCACCAUCUGCAGGUGCACGAGCGUACGCACACGAACGAACGGCCGUUCGCGUGCGGCCAAUGCGCGAAAACGUUCACCACCAACGAUCGGCUGCAGGUGCACGGGCGGACGCACCAGCUAGCGCUGCCGUACGAGUGUGAGCACUGUCGCAAGCGGUUCAAAACUCGCCCCUACCUUCACCGGCACAAGCAGAUCAAGCACGACCGGCCGGCGGAAGCGUUCCGACUCUGCCGGUGUGAGCAGUGCGGCCUGCCGUUUGCAUCACAGUCCGGCCUUACCUAUCACAUGCAGUCGGCGCAUCCGACGCGUCCAAACGAGGGGACAGGUGUGGCGGCAUCGCUGACCUGUGAUGGACGCGCCGGACGGCACGGAGAACCCAGCCAACACCGGUGUGAUGUGUGCGGGGCACAGUUUAAGCAAAAAAUUACCCUAACCCGUCACAGGCUCCGGCACGAUGGAAUACGACCGUUUCGGUGCGACAUUUGCGGCAGUGCCUUCACGCAGAAGGGCACGCUGAAGACGCACAUGCGCACGCACACGGACGAAAGGCCGUUCGAGUGUGCGGCGUGCGGCGAACGCUUCCGGUCUGCAGCAGCGCGCCGAACGCACCAGCUGCGACAUCGUUGCCCCGGGCAACAGGCCGACGAACGAUCACAAGAGCAGUGACGAGCAAGGGAGGAGGAGAAGAAAUAAACCAAUGCAGUAAAUCAAAGUUCGGAUGAGAGCUGCACAUGAACGGAACUUUUCCACGGCGUGUUUUUUGCAUGUGUACGUCUAUUUUCGGUAAUCUUGUGUGUGUGUGUGUUUUUUUUUUUAUUAAAUUUAUCUAUUACUUAUGGAUUACUGUAACGCUAUUGUGGCCUUCGCUUAGAAGUAAUAGUAGUAGUAGUAGUAGUAGUAGUGGUAGUAUUUCUUUUCUUUUUCUCAUUUGCGCUAACUUAUAGUAAUCCUUUUCCCGUUGUCCUUAAUGCGCGGGAGGGAAAGGAAUAUU